AUGCUCCAAGGAUGCCCCGUGGGUCUCCUGCGCCCCUGCUCCGGCUGCUUGGCAGCAGGGAAGGCAGAGGCUGCUCCGCAGCGGACCAGCGAGCACCUUCGGCAAGCUAAACCCAGCAGCAGCCCCCGGCUGACCUACAGGACGGUGUGCGGCGUCAACGGGCCCCUCGUGGUGUUGGACAACGUGAAGUUUGCCCAGUAUGCCGAGAUCGUGAACUUCACGCUGCCCAAUGGCACCAGCCGCAGCGGGCAGGUGCUGGAGGUGGUGGGCUCCAAAGCCAUCGUCCAGGUGUUUGAAGGAACAUCGGGCAUCGACGCCAAGAAAACCUCCUGCGAGUUUACCGGGGACAUCCUGCGGACGCCGGUGUCGGAGGACAUGCUCGGUCGUGUCUUCAACGGCUCCGCCAAGCCCAUCGACAGCGGCCCCCCGGUGAUGGCCGAGGACUUUCUGGACAUCAACGGCCAGCCCAUCAACCCCCACGGGCGCAUCUACCCCGAGGAGAUGAUCCAGACGGGCAUCUCGCCCAUCGACGUGAUGAACAGCAUCGCCCGGGGCCAGAAGAUCCCCAUCUUCUCCGCCGCCGGCCUCCCCCACAACGAGAUCGCCGCGCAGAUCUGCCGGCAGGCCGGCCUGGUGAAGAAGUCCAAGGACGUGAUGGACUACCACGAGGACAACUUCGCCAUCGUCUUCGCGGCCAUGGGGGUGAACAUGGAGACCGCUCGCUUCUUCAAGUCGGACUUCGAGGAGAACGGCUCCAUGGACAACGUCUGCCUCUUCCUCAACCUGGCCAACGACCCCACCAUCGAGCGCAUCAUCACCCCGCGCCUGGCGCUGACCACGGCCGAGUUCCUGGCGUACCAGUGCGAGAAGCACGUGCUGGUCAUCCUGACGGACAUGAGCUCCUACGCCGAGGCCCUGCGGGAGGUGUCGGCAGCCAGGGAGGAGGUGCCCGGGCGCCGCGGCUUCCCCGGCUACAUGUACACCGACCUGGCCACCAUCUACGAGCGUGCCGGGCGCGUGGAGGGCAGGAACGGCUCCAUCACGCAGAUCCCCAUCCUCACCAUGCCCAACGACGACAUCACCCACCCCAUCCCCGACCUGACGGGCUUCAUCACCGAGGGGCAGAUCUACGUGGACCGGCAGCUCCACAACCGGCAGAUCUACCCCCCCAUCAACGUGCUGCCCUCCCUCUCCCGCCUGAUGAAGUCGGCCAUCGGGGAGGGCAUGACCAGGAAGGACCACGGCGAUGUCUCCAACCAGCUGUACGCCUGCUACGCCAUCGGCAAGGACGUGCAGGCCAUGAAGGCGGUGGUCGGGGAGGAGGCGCUGUCGGCCGACGACCUGCUGUACCUGGAGUUCCUGCAGAAGUUCGAGAAGCAGUUCAUCACCCAGGGGCCCUACGAGAACCGGAGCAUCUUCGAGUCGCUGGACAUCGGCUGGCAGCUGCUGCGCAUCUUCCCCAAGCAGCUGCUGAAGCGCAUCCCCGAGACCAUCCUGGCCGAGUACUACCCACGCGAGGCCAAGGCUGCGGGCCAGCAGACGGCCAGCACGGCGCUCUGA